UCUGACCGUCCGUCCCGGUGGCGUCCAUUCAUAUUAUUAUCCUUCAGUCGUGAUGUAGCGUUCGCGUGUGCUGCCGAUAUGUCCAUAAAAUACGCGUCACUGUACCGCGCGUCGCUAUUUUUUUUUUGUGUUUUUUUUUUUUUAUUUAUUACUCGUGCAAUAUAAUUAAUAAUAAUUAUAAUUAAACACGUAUUAAUGUAUAACAUAGGUACCGCAGUAAAUCACCCAUGUGCUUUCCUCAACCAACCACCGAUUGUAUACACGUUAUCGCAAUGUGCACAUUUAUAAAAAAGUACGCAUAAUUAUAUGUGUGAAACGAGAAGACUAAUGUUUUGUGCAAUAUCUAGAUGUAGACAAAUUAUAGCUCCUAUUCUCAAUUAUAUAGGUUAAGUUAAUACAUUAUUGUUAUAUGAAAUGUUAAAUAUAUGUAGUAUUUUUUACACUCUAUAUUGCACCGAGUAAUAAUUAAUUCAUUAUAAAUCACCAAUAAUAUAAACAUAAUUAAUUUCACUGAUUACAAAGUAUAAUUGUAUAGUUUUUAAAAAAAAAAAUAAAUUCACGGGAUACAUGAUUAUUUGAUUGAAUUUUGAAUAUUAAUAAAUGAUAUUUUAAACGUUUUUUUGAAAAAUGUUUGAUUAAACUUUGAAAAGCAAAACAUGGUUGAUCCCGGAAACAUAUUUCUCAACACGUUUUAUAUUACUUCCUGUCUAUCCAUCGCUUGUGUAAUAGCUCAAGAAUGGUUGAACGUAACAUCAAAUUAUACAGCGUUAAUGAGUGACCUCCAUAUCGACUUACUGGAGCCUGGUAUUGCUGUGCAGCUGUAUGAAGCGAAUAAUGAUAAUUACACAUUAAUGGGUACAAUGCCUGUCGAUAGGAAUUGGCAAAAUAUUACCAUACAUUGUGGCGUUAUCACUAAAGGUGGACACUAUAUAAUCCAAUUAAUUUCUAAUGACACAAUUGAGUACGAUGACGUAUUUCAAGACGGACAAACGGUCGAACUCGACGUCCGAUCUGCCAAUGCGUGCAAGAACGUCUCCAGAGAGUCGUCCCGAGGUUCUAUGGAACAUUUGAUUGUUCAUUCUGAAUAAAUUCGUGGUUACCCAAGAUUUAGGAAAAUACCUUUAAAAUGCCAUAUUUUUGGUAUCGCCGGUUUUUAUACAGCAGUAUUAAGGCCGCCCACACGCCAAACAGCCUUUACUCACGUCAUGGACGGGCAGUUAGAGGUUAUUCCGAGCAAUAAAUUCACCUUGGAUGUAGACGGAAAAUCAUUAUUCCAUUGUGAUAACUACGGUGGUGGUGUUCCUGUGACGUUUCAGUACCCGUCGUGUAUCUUGCCAAUUUCUGACAAAAUUAGACUGUUUGGUCGACAACGCGAAGAUGUGUCAACAUUGUUACCGCCGACUAAAUUGCAUUACAUAUCUGAGCAUCGAAUAGUUAAAGGGCGCCAUAGUGUGUACUUCGAUUGCGAAUUGUUCUCGGAAAAAUAUAUUGAAUAUUGUUUUGUCUAUGUUAAUCAAGCUAUAAACAGGGCAUAUACAAACAUCAAGACCAAGUGUGUGCCGACAUCACCAAUCACUGAAGACGAUUCCGGACAAUGGAGUAAAUGGAGUGAAUGGUCGCCGUGUUCGACUACGUGUUAUGGAGGAACUAGGAAUAGAUACAGGACUUGUGAUUCGCCCCCACCAAAAUAUGGAGCCAAAUUUUGUCAGGGUUCAUCAUUACAAACCGAAUCGUGCGGUGAAAAACAAAUGUCUGGCAAUGAAUGUGUCAAAAUUGAACAACAAAUUCAAAAAUACAAUAACACCUCAGCUACCGGUUUUUUGCCUACACAUGAUAGCGAUGAGCUGGGCGCUGAAUGUCGUUGUGGAUGUGUUAUUCACAUGUCCAAAGCUACUCGAACAUUAUCUGCCACGACGAAAGGAUGUCCUGGACGAUCGUUUUGGUUAAUAAAAGCUGAAGAUAAAACUUCUAUACAAUUUGAUUUCAUUCGACUGUAUUUAUCAUGCUCGGACCAAUGGAUUAAACUUCGCGAUGGCGACUCAACAGCUUCUAAUCUUUUAGCACAUUUAGAAGGCACUCCAGAUUCUAUAAAUCCUAUUAUGUCGACUGGAUCAUACCUAUUGGUAGAAUUUUUUUCAAGUACAACUGUACUAUCAAAUGGCGAUUGUUUUGGAGGAUUUUUUGCUCAAAUAAAUCGUAUCGGAGUCAAUAACUGGUCUUUACCAAAUUCAAGCCAUGUAAAAUUUAAUAACACCUUUAUUUAUUUUAUGUCAGAUAUCGAUUCGUUUUUAGCUACAAUUUCAGCAAUUUUAUUAUUUUUGCUGGUUACUUGUAUGUGUUUUUCCUUGCAAUUCGCUGAACGUAAACACAAAUACCAUAAAGCUAUUACUACAAUGGACAAACAUUCUAAUAUGGGUUCAACUUGCAGUAUGUUAAACGAUAAUGGAUGUAUGGCAUCAACUACUACUUUACAGUCACAUGUACCACCAAUUUUAGAAAUUUUAGAUACUGAUGAAAACCAAGAUGAUGUGGUUUUAGAAGAAACAAUUUCUGUGACUGGAAGUGAAAUAGUACCAGAAAAUAUAGCCACGUGUUCAUCAACAAUAGAUCAGUGUACGCCUUUUGUAUCUCAAACGUCGUUAUCUUCAAGGAAAAUUAUAACUCAAUCGACGUCUACUUUGAACGGCCGUCCAAGAAAUCAUAGACAAAAUCCAUUGACUAGUAGCACAGAUUCGAGCAUUCACGGUCAUGAUGUGUCGGACUUAGAAAUGGAUUAUUAUGAUUAUAACGUCCAAAACACAAACAGUGUACCUGGAUCGUAUAUAGGAAUGGACCCGGCUUAUUGCUUAUGGAUACCUCCUUUAUCGGACCAAAGUCCCGGGGAUCACCAUGAAAGUAUGGAAAUGUCCAUUUUGGAUAUAAAAAACGUCAAAUGCAAAAAAAAUUGCGAAAUUAGUAGCAAAUACAAUAAUAGGUUGUCUGCCGAUAGUGAAUCGACGUUAGUUGGCGAAGACUGCGUUUCAUUAAAAACACUAAAAUCAUCACCAAAAGCGUGUUUUACUAAAAAUAAACAAAAGGCUGAGUAUAUAAAUGAUUCGAGUAUCAAAUUUGUCGACGAAGAUGACGGAGUUGAUAUUAGAGAUGUUUAUGUAGAUAAUAAAGCAGCUUAUACGCAUUAAAUUUCGCUUUUAUAAACUUUUAAAGUUGAAUUUUAUACGACUAUAAUCUGUAUAUUGUACUUAAUAUAAUUUAUUUUAAUAUUCGAAUUUCAAAAAUGUAUCUUUUAUUGUACAUUAAAAUUUUGAUUUUAGAAGAACA